CCUCUAGGAUUUAGCCGGCUAACAUCAUUUGGUUUUGGAAACUGGGAAAUCCCAUGAAUUUUGCUUCGUUGUUGGAUAGUGUUCCUUUUUUUCCUUAAAAAUGAGUCGAAACAUUCUAGCUCCACCCGUGCAAAAAAUGAGCCAUGGACGAAAUUACCGUGUUAACGUAGUACACGAUGACUUUGGCGGAAGCAAGUGGAACGGUCUGGGUAAGAAGUCCAAGAACGAAGUGAAGGGAUACCAGGAACCUGAUCUCUAUGGAGAUGAUGACGAUGAAGAGGACCUGGCCGCUAACGAUAUUGUGGAGACUUCGAGUGGCGGGUACGAGCUGGCUUUGCCUGUCCCAAAAUCUUUUUACGGCGGGUUAAUUGGCAUGAAGGGAAACACCAAGCGUCGGAUCGAAGAGGAAGCCAACUGCGAGAUAUAUGUGCCCCGUCAGAAUGAAAAGUCCAACAAUGUUAUGAUCAGGGCCAGGGAGCGCAGCCAAGUGUGCGCUGGCUUGCGUCGCAUUCGCCACAUUACUGCAUCGCUGCGUCAGAAGAUGAAGCCAACCCACUUUCUGGCUGUGGCCCUCAACUCUGGUGAAGUCCAGGAACACUUUGUAGAGCUAAAGAAAAAAAUACUGGAAGCCAAUUUGCCAGGAAUCGAUGAAGCUCUCUUCAUGCCGGAAAGCAGCAUCCAUCUCACCUUGGGCGUGUAUGUGCUCCUUGACGAUGAUGAACGUAAGAAAGCUCUCGCAGAACUCGAAGCUUGUCGUCCGAUGCUAGAAAACCUAGUCACUCCCUUCGAUCUGAAGAUCAAAGGGCUGGAGAUCAUGAAUGAUGAUCCCAGUGCAACACGGGUUUUGUACGCCAGCGUCGAGGCACCGGAGUUGCAAAAGUUCGCCGAUCAGGUCUUGGCCCACCUACAGACCACCGGUCUGUGUGCCACCGAUAAUCUGACAAGGGAAUCCGUCAAGCUGCACAUGACAGUGAUGAACAAUCGCUAUCGCAAGGAGGUGAUGAAGUGCGACGAUAGCUUUGAUGCUCGCGAAAUCCUGAAGCGUUUUGGAGACUACGACUUUGGUUCAGCCAAGUGCCAGGUACUGCACUUGUGCGUUUUGAAGUCGCGUGGCGAGGAUGAUUUUUACAAGAUAACCGGAUCCCUGGAGUUUUAAGGAAGCCUGUGAAUGCAUAGAUCUAGUUUAGUAUAAACAGGGAGAGACUCCCUUUCUUGAUAUUCCCACAAACUCCCGGUAUUUUGCAAAUAAAAAUACAAUUAAAAUACACAUACGAUUUAUUUGUCGAAUAUCAAUGCUCAAAGUGGUUUUGUAUAUCUGGUUUGCAUCCGAAACUGGAUCGGAUAACACAACUGUGUAUUUGUUUUUGUGCCAGCGGGGGAGUCUUUUUCGGGAAAGCCCUCCCAACAAUGGAAACAAAGGUGCGCUGCGACAUCGCAUACGGUUAGGUAAGAGUGGCCUCUUCUUCCGUUUUUGUAU